CAGGCUAUGAGAUUUGCCGUAGAUGAGAUCAACAGAAGUCCCGACCUUCUCCCAAACGUCACCCUGGGGUUUUAUGCCUACGAUUCUUGUGCCGUACUGCAGCGAGAGAUCGAGGGCACACUGUGGAUGUUAACAGGUCAAGACAUGGCCAUACCCAAUUAUAGUUGCGGGCAAAGCCCACCUCUGGCUGCAAUCAUCGGCCAUUCUGCUUCUUCCAUCUCCAUCCUCAUGGCUCACCUACUGGGACUUUAUAGGUACCCACAGGUUAGUUAUUUCUCAACAAGCUCUCGCCUAAGUGACAGGACACAGUUCCCAUCCUUCUUCAGGACUGUUCCAAGUGACAAAUUCCAAUCAAAGGGCCUGGCACAACUGGUGUUACAUUUCCAAUGGACUUGGGUUGGACUCCUUGCCAUAGAUAACGAUUAUGGUCAAGAGGGUAUCCAGAUCAUUGAGCGAGAGAUCACCAAGGCUGGAGCAUGUGUGGCCUUUACCGAAUAUAUCUUCAGCAGCAUGCUCUACAAAGACAUAUAUCGCACUGUCAAGGUUAUUAAAGAAUCAACGGCCAAAGCGGUGGUGGCUUUCUCUACAGACAUCUACCUGAUACCUGUUCUGGUGGAGAUGAGGAGACAGAACGUUACUGGCAAAAUCUUUGUGGCCAGUGAAGCUUGGUCUAUCUCAAACGUAAUGUCAGCACAUAAAUAUUCCUCAGUUCUCGAUGGCACCAUUGGUUUUGCUUUUCAUAGCUCAAAACUCCUAGGGUUUCAAGAUUACGUCAACAAUGUUCGUAUAUCCAACACACCCGGGUUAACAUGGACCAAGCUUUUCUGGGAAGAAGUUUUCGGCUGCACGUUUUAUUAUUAUAAGAACAUCUCAGAGUCAUCAGAGAAUCCCGACAGACUGUGCACCGGUGAGGAGGACCUCAGAAGUGUACAAAAUACCUAUAAUGAGGUGUCAAGUCUAAGAGAGUCCAUCAACCUAUACACGGCAGUUUAUGUGAUAGCAAAAGCUCUGCAUGACCUCGGACAAUGUAAAGAUUUGGAUGGACGACCCUCUGGUGGAUAUUGUUCAGAUAUACGGAGCAUCAAACCAUGGCAGCUCCUGAACUAUUUUAAGAAGGUGCGAGUGGAACUGAAGAACAAAAGGGAGGUCUUCUUCGACGAGAAUGGAGACCCACCAGCUUUAUACGACAUAGUGAAGUGGCAAAGGACCCCAGAAGGUUUCAUAAAGCAGGUGAAAGUAGGAAGCUAUGACACUAUGGCUUCUGCUGAAGAUAUCCUUAGCAUCAACACAAGCUUGGUCUGGUGGUCUUCAGGUUUAAAGGAGGUUCCUCUCUCGGUUUGCAGUCAAAGCUGUCCCCCAGGCUUCCGGAAAGCAGCCCGCAGAGGAGAGCCAGUCUGCUGCUUCCAAUGUAUCCCGUGUCCUCAAGGAGAGAUCUCCAAUAAGACAAACUCCAUUGGCUGUUCUAAGUGUCCUUGGGAUAUGUGGCCCAAUGACCAAAAAGAUCGAUGCCUACCCAAAGCUGUAGAGUACCUCUCUUAUGAAGAACCUUUAGGGAUGGCCUUAGCAGCCACCAGUAUUUCCUCUUCUAUGAUUCCCAUGUCCAUCUUUAGUCUCUUCAUACAUUAUAAGAAUACGCCUAUUGUCAAAGCUAACAAUUAUUCUUUAAGCUGUGUUCUCCUGAUGUCUCUGUCUCUCUGCUUCCUCUGUUCUUUGGCUUUUAUUGGUUACCCUCAAUCAGAGAAGUGUCUUCUGCACCAGGCGGCAUUUGGCAUGGUCUUUACCAUUUGCGUUUCCUGCAUCUUGGCCAAAACCAUCAUGGUGGUGUUUGCCUUUAUGGCCACAAAACCAGGCAGCAGGCUAAAAAAAUGGACAAGUCCUCAGGUGUCCUACUUAAUUAUUUUCAUAUGCUCCUUUGUUCAGUUUAUAUUAUGUGUUUUUUGGUUGUCUCUUUCCCCUCCUUUUUCUCAGCACAACAUCCAAACUCGCCCUGGAAUCAUCAUUGUUGAGUGUAAUGAGAACUCGCCUGUUGCCUUCUGGUGCAUGUUGGGAUAUCUUGGUCUCCUGGCCACUAUCAGUUUUAUUGUUGCCUUCUUGGCCCGGCGACUCCCCGACAGCUUCAAUGAGGCCAAGUUCAUCACCUUCAGCAUGUUGGCCUUCCUCAGUGUCUGGGUGUCCUACAUCCCGGCUUCUCUCAGCGCCCAAGGCAAAUACACCGUGGCCAUGGAGAUCUUCGCCAUCCAGUCCUCAAGUUGGGCUCUGGUGGUCUGCAUGUUUGGCCCAAAAUGUUUCAUCAUAUUGUUUAGACCCAACAUGAACUCAAGAGAGUAUCUUAUGGGGAAAGGAAAAGCACAAAAAUAA